UCCUCUUUCUCUCGCUCUCAUCGUCGCCUCUGACGCUCCCGCUGCUGCUGCUCGUCUUCGGAAGGGAUCUCGGUCCCUGUUUGUGAUCGCGUCUUCGUUCACCACCGCCGCCAUCAUGUUGGUGUACCAGGAUGUCAUCACCGGAGACGAGCUUCUCUCCGACUCUUUCUCCUACAAGGAGAUUGAGAACGGAAUUUUGUGGGAGGUCGAAGGCAAGUGGGUCGUGCAGGGAUCAGUGGAGGUGAACAUCGGGGCGAACCCGUCCGCUGAGGGAGGCGAUGAAGAUGAGGGCGUGGAUGACACGGCCGUGAAGGUUGUGGACAUCGUCGACACCUUCAGGCUGCAGGAGCAACCGACCUUCGAGAAGAAGGCGUUCAUCACCCACAUCAAGCGCUACAUCAAGGCCUUGACACCUUUGGUCGCGGAAGACAGGAAAGAUCUGUUCAAGAAGAAUGUUGAGGGCGCCGUCAAAUUCUUGCUCGGCAAGCGAGCGGAUCUGCAGUUCUUCGUUGGUGAGAGCAUGAACGAGGAGGGAUCUCUGGUUUUCGCCUACUACAAGGAGGGACAGACCAACCCUACAUUUAUCUACUUUGCAGACGGGUUGAAGGAGAUCAAGUGCUGAGCUCUCCUUCUAGCUUGCAGAUGAGAAUAUUUUGAUACUUAUAGGACGUUCGACGCCUUUCAUCAGACUCUUGCUGCCACCCCGCUGAGCACACGAACUGUGUGGAUUUCUUUCCAUAUGAUUUAUUUAUUUUUUCCGGAUUUAAGAUCAAGGGUUUCUGAUGUUGAGGAGUGAGAGAGUAGAAAAGUAGGGAGGCAGGGAGGGAUGCAAACAGAACAAGUGUGAGCUGUGGAUUUACAAUCAUUUCAGGUGAUGCCAGCAGGAGUGAGCCGGCCGGCGUUGUGUUCUCACCUGGCACGGAUUGACUCUGCAGUUUCUGGUUGAUCACCAAUCCUGCCGUUAGGGUAGGAGACUCUUGUCUGUUUUGCUUACGAUCUUGCGACACCAUUGUAAUACAUACUAGGAAAUGGUGAUAGAUUGCUCUUAGUCAUGGUCACAGGGGCUGCACUGCUAGGUGGGAGGAAACUCUCGUCAUGUUUUCUUAUGGCCCCUAUGAAAUUCAUCACUUCAGGAGUGCGCAGAUCGGUCUUUGUUGAUCAUUGCUAGUAGGUUUUUGAGGCCCAUUUCUCAUACUUCGAACUAUACAUAGCAUACGCGGAAAUGCGUCAGUGUUGAAUAAUACGGUUGGAAUUUGAAGGAUCUUUGGUUGUGGCCCAUGACCAUGAUGCAAAGGCGGUUUCAAGCAUCAUUUCUUUC